GCAGCACUUCAUGCCACCAUGUGCUACCUCAGCCUGGUUGAAAGUGCCAUGCUGAAUUUCUAGGUGUCGCUCUCUAGCUGUACAUACAUAGAAAGCGUAGGCAAUGUCAAGGGAUGAGGCAGGGAGCUUCUCAAAUUCGAGUCCCCUUUAAGCAUUUGAGUUUUGCCCAGCCUCUGAUGAUCAAGUUGGUGGUGGUGGUGUUUGAGGUCGUGCACGGUGUUACACAAGAGUGGCUGUGAAAGGUUCUGUGCAUCAGUCGUGGUAUCUGCGGUGGUGCAGCUGCAUUUGACGGUGUGCUGACCCCACACUGAUUCCUGCACGGCUGGCUUUUAGCUGCCGGCAGACGUAGGUUGUCGUUUGCAGUGAUGCAUUGGCAUCAGGUGGCUCCUCGCUCCCUGGUGUCACAGCUGAGAACAACGUUCACUUUUUCAAGUAGGUCAAUUCUACCGUCAGGUGAACUUUUGAAAGAAGGUUGGCCAAGCAGCAACUGGGGUCUGUUAGACGGGUGUCGCACAAUUGCGCACGCCCCCGCAGGGGUUGAAGUGAAACCAGACCUGCCAAAUCAAAGAGCACCCAUGGCGUCCGCGGCAGAGCCUGAGGUACUGGAAGAGGCGUUUGGACCUGUGCGAGUAGUAACUCUGAACCGACCGAAGGCUCUCAACGCUCUCAAUACCCCCAUGAUGAAACAGUUGGCCAGGACCUUGCGAAAUUGGGAAGCCCGGCCUCACGCUCGUGUCAUCAUCCUGAAGGGAGCCGGUCCCCCUGGGCGGGCCUACUGUGCGGGGGGAGAUGUGCGCGCAGUGUACGAGAUGGGAAAGGCUGGGCGGCACGAAGAGUGCAAGCAGUUCUUCCGGUGGGAGUACAACGUCAACAACUUCCUGGCGGAGAUGCAGAAGCCGGUGAUUGCCUGGAUGGACGGCGUGACCAUGGGGGGCGGGUGCGGCGUGUCGAUCAACGGGCCCAUCCGGAUCGCCACGGAGAACACGGUCUGCGCCAUGCCGGAGUGUGCGAUUGGUCUGCACCCCGACGUUGGCGCCUCGUGGUUCCUCAACCACCGAAGUCCACUCCUCCGAGAUAGCUCCAUUGGCAUGUACCUGGCGUUGACGGGCGCCCGCCUGGACGGCGCCAACAUGGUGGCGCUCGGCCUGGCCACGCACUGGAUGCCCUCAGAACGGCUGCCGUUGCUGAUCGAGCGGCUUGGCGCGCUGCGCGACUUCAGCCGGGACGGCAUCGAGAGCGUGCUGUACGAGAUCACGGAGCGGCCCACGGUUGACCAGGCCGACCCCAACGUCAGCAUCCUCGCAAGGCGAAAAGUAAUCGACGAGUGCUUCGCCAACUACAGCGUGGAGCACAUCAUCGGCGCGCUGAGGAAGGCCGCACGGGAGCCGGGCAACAAGUGGGUCGAGGACAUUCUGGCCUCCAUGCAAAAAGCCUCGCCCACCAGCCUCAAAAUCACGCAUCGAUCGAUCGAGCGGGGCAGGUCGUUGACAUUAAGCAAGGCGCUGAAAACCGAGUUCCGGCUGACCUACCGCUGCCUGGAGAAGCCCGACUUCUACGAGGGUGUGCGCGCGAUGCUGGUGGACAAGGACAUGAAACCGAAGUGGCAACCCAAAGCUUUGACGGAGGUGAAGGCCGGCGAAGUCGCGUGGUACGCAUCUCCGCUGCCGGAGGGCGAGGAGCUCGAGUUUGAGCUCGAAAAGAUGCUCGCAGAGGCGGCCGCCAAAAACGCGCCCACUGCGAAACUUUAGCGUGCCAUGUCCGUGACAAGGGCUUUUUCAGCCUGAGCUUGGCACGCACAAUCUUCCCAACACAGACGGUGUUGUAUGGUCCGCAACAUCAGCUUUGUAUCAGCAUGCUGUGAUAUGAGUGUCUGUUUGCGAGGUGAGGGCAGGCCCGGUCCAAACUGGCAAGUUGUCGUGUAUGAAUGCUGAACAUCC